AUGUUACAUAUGAAACCUUAAACACCAACGUUUGGAGAUAAAAAUAAUUCACGAAAACCUUAGAUUUAGAUAAGUGAAAUAAAUAGUAAUUCUCGCUUUUAUAGUAUACCGACUCGUUAAACAAAUGCCUAAAGCAGAAGUUCAUCUUAAAGAAAAAAAUAAGAUUAGAUGGUAUAUCUAUUUUUAAAUGAUAGAUAAAAAAAUGGAAGGAACUAUAUGAUGAACAAACCAAUUAUUACAUGAGAUUGUUAAAAGUCAAUAAUAUAGAUUUUGUUGAGUUACCAAAGUUUUAACUAUAAAAAUGA